UGUCGAGUCCGAGUUACACUCGUUUCACCUCAGAAACCCUCCUUAAGCCCCUUUUGCUCUCCCUCACUCCCCGAAUCAGAGUUUUUGCCAGAUGUUGAUCCACCGCCAUCGCCAAAUCCUUACGAACGCCCUUCACCUCCGCCACUUCUCCCAAUCUGCUGCCGCCGCGGUUCUCCAGGACCCCCUCGAACCACCACCGCUUACGUACCUGGAAGGCUUCCCUAGACCCGAUCCCAAAUUCGCGGAAAUCAUACGCGCCAUCCCUCGCACCAUCUCCGGCAAGAACAUCUCUGCCAAGGAGCGGAAAGUCGGCCGCGUCCCCAGCAUUGUGUUCGAGCAAGAAGACGGUCAACACGGCGGCAACAAGCGACUCAUUUCUGUGAAGACCAACCAGAUUCGGAAGCUCGUCAACCACCUGGGCCGGUCUUUCUUUUUGUCGCGUUUGUUUGAUCUCGAAGUCGGACCCGAUUUUGAGUCCAAUGAGGUCAUCGAGAAAGUUCGGGUUUUGCCGCGAAAGCUUCAUCUGCAUGCAGGCACGGAUGCAGUGCUUAAUGUGACCUUUAUAAGGGCCCCUUCUCACGCAUUAUUGAAGGUUGAUGUUCCUCUUGUUUUUAGGGGAGAAGAUGUGUCUCCUGGAUUGAAAAAAGGGGCAUAUUUGAAUACCAUAAAAAGGACUGUUAAGUACCUUUGUCCAGCAGAUAUCAUCCCUCCAUAUAUUGAUGUAGAUCUAAGCGAGUUGGAUGCGGGGCAGAAGAUAGUUAUGGGGGACCUCAAAGUUCAUCCAGCUUUGAAGCUUCUUCGGUCAAAAGAUGAACCAGUUUGUAAGAUUAUGGGAACAAGGGUUUCUGACCAAAGGAAAUCUAAAUAAGCACUUAUGCCCAGAUUUUGUUGAGCAAUUCUUAACAAAAGGCCACUUGAUUGAUGCAUCAUUGAGCUAAAGUAUAUUCUUUUGAGUUAGUAAGUUAAUUUCUUGAUUUAGAAAUUACCCAUUGAUAGGAUCAUGGAAUGGUAAUGUGGUCUAUGGUGUUUUCCUUCUUUUUUUUUUGUUUCUAUUUUCGGGGAUAGUGGUGAGGUUGCAGCAGAGAGCAAGGGAUGCCAUUUGAGCUGUUUCCAAUGAUCAGGGGUAGUGACCCUGAAAGAGUCAUAUGUUCUUCAAUGUAGACUCUUGCAUGUGUUUUAUGUAGCCUUGAUUAUGUGCUCUCAAUCAUCUAAUGAAUAAUACCUUAUUUCUUCUUUCAUGAUCA